UGGGGUGUGUCCCUAGGCGGCUGCCGUAGCCCAACAUGGCGGAGUAUUCUUGCGUUAAAUCCACCAAGCUCGUUCUCAAAGGGGCGAAAGAGAAAAGCAAGAAAAAGCACAAGGAAAAGAAAAGGAAAAGGGAAGAGGAUGCGGCAGAAGAACUUGAUAUUGUUGGAAACUGGUGGGCUAUCAGCAAUUUCGGUGAAAUUACAGGAACUAUAGCUAUAGAAAUGGGUAAAGGAGCUUAUAUCCAUGCCCUCGACAAUGGCUUGUUUACGCUUGGAGCACCACAUAAAGAUGAUGAAGGCCCUAGUCCUCCUGAGCAGUUUACAGCAGUAAAGUUGUCUGAUACAAGGAUUGCUCUGAAGUCUGGUUAUGGCAAAUACCUUGGUAUAAAUUCAGAUGGACUUGUUGUUGGACGUUCAGAUGCAAUAGGAUCAAGAGAGCAAUGGGAACCAGUCUUCCAAGAUAAGAAAAUGGCAUUACUAGCAGCAAAUAGCCGUUUUAUUAGAUGUAAUGAAGAGGGAGACAUAGAAGCCAAAAGCAAAACUGCAGGGGAAGAAGAAAUGAUAAAGAUUCGUACUUGUGCUGAGAGAGAAGCUAAGAAGAAAGAUGAUGUUCCACAAGAAGACAAAGGAAACGUUAAACAGUGUGAAAUCAAUUACGUAAAGAAAUUCCAGAGUUUUCAAGACAAAAAGCUUAAAAUAAGCAAAGAAGAUACAAAGGCCCUUAGAAAAGCCAGGAAAGAAGGCACUUUUCAUGAAAUGUUGCUUGACAGGAGAGCAAAAGUGAAAGCGGAUAGAUACUGCAAGUGACAACCAGUUGGUCCAUUUUCUUCUCCAUCUUUGAUGAAAGGGUCAGAUUGAAAACAAGAGUAAAAUAUUUUAUAAUUAUUUUUUAUUGAAGAAGUUUUGCUGAUGUCUGUCUUAUGUCACUUUUAAAGCAUCGCCUGAAAGCUAUUAUUAAGCAUCAAGCUAAUGUCAUCUUUCAGUAACAUAUCCUAUUAAGUUUAUGCUAAAACUACAUGCUAUAGAAAUAGUGACAUAAUUAUUUAGUGGAAAAGAAAUUGACGCACUGAAUCUUCCAAGACUGAUGAAAGAAACCUGAACUUAGAGUGGAAAAUGUUUGCGGCAGAAGAGAACAACAAUAAAGUUCAAAAGUAAAAUAUAGUUAACACAGUGAACCAUGAAGAAAUAUGUAACUGUGUUGAACAAGAAG